UUCAUAAAGGCCAUAUUUAUUUUGUAGAGAGAGUGAGGGUGAGGAGAGGGGAGGAGGGGAGAGGAGAGGACAGGCGUUCGCUACUAAAUCAAAAAGGAAAAUUAAAAAAAUAUACCAAAACGAGCCAUAUAUAUAUUUUUGUAUUCUUUUUUCCUUCAAUGUUCUGAGAUUCGUCUCGCGUGCCUUUGAUUUUGCUCCAACAGUAACCUGAGAAAUCCGAAAUUUGAUUUUUGAUUCGUUAAGGUUGAUAGGAAGAUAAAAAGCUAAAAAAAUGGCAUCGAUGGUUGCUAAAGCCACUGGUGGUAGCUGUUGCAGUCAAGUGUCACCAUUGCAUCCGGUCCAGGAAAAAGGAAGCAGAAAUAAGAGAAAAUUCCGGGCUGAUCCACCUUUGGGCGACCCCAGCAAGGUUAUGCCUUCACCUCAGAAUGGAUUUUCUGGUUAUGAAUUCUCUGCUGAGAAAUUCGAAGCUAUCCCGGUUCAUGGGCAAUCCAGUGUAUGUGACCUGUGCGGCAUUAACCAAGGCCACUCUGAUGGGUUGAAACUUGACCUUGGAUUGUCUAGUGGGGUAGGAUCAUUGGAGGUUGGAACAAGCCAGUCUAGAGAGGAAUUAGAAUCAGAAGAAUCCCAUGAAGCUGAUUGGAGUGAUCUUACAGAAUCCCAGCUAGAAGAACUUGUGUUAAGCAAUUUGGAUGCAAUCCUUAAGAGUGCCAUUAAAAAGAUUGUUGCUUGCGGUUAUACUGAAGAAGUUGCUACAAAGGCUGUUUUGAGGUCUGGUCUUUGUUACGGGUGUAAAGACACAGUGUCUAAUAUUGUGGAUAAUACUUUAGCAUUUCUUAGGAAUGGUCAGGAGAUUGAUCCAUCAAGGGAGCACUUUUUUGAGGAUUUACAGCAGCUGGAGAAGUACAUAUUGGCAGAAUUGGUUUGUGUACUUCGAGAAGUUAGGCCUUUCUUUAGCACUGGGGAUGCAAUGUGGUGCUUGUUGAUUUGUGACAUGAAUGUCUCUCAUGCUUGUGCAAUCGAUGGUGAACUCUUUAGUGGUUUUGCUGCUGAUGGGGCUUCAAAUGGGACUUCAACUAUUUCUACACAAUCCCAGAUGAAAACGGAAGCCAAAUGUUCUGAAUUAAAUCUUCCAAAUCCCUGUAAAUUGGAACCUUCUGUUCCUUGUUCUCCUAGUUAUCAAUCUGAGGCAACCAACAACAUGACAGGAGUUCCAAACAUGACCAAAACAAAAAACUCUGGUGUUCUUAACGGACUAGUCUCAGACAAAGAUGGAUUGAAUUCUACAUUUGAUCCUGCAGAUAAAUCUUUCCACAUUGCAGGAACAUCUCAACCUCCUGCACUGGAAGAAAAGUUUAUAGUCAGUAGAAAGGUUCAUGCCAAUAGCACCAAGAGGGAAUGCAUGCUACGGCAGAAGUCACUUCAUUUGGACAAGGGCUACCGGACAUAUGGGCCUAAAGCAUCAAGAACAGGGAAAUUGAGUAGUUUGAUUUUGGAUAAGAAACUAAAAUCUGUUUCAGAUUCUGCUUUAAAAAUGAAUAAUGCUUCUUUAAGAUUGAGUAAGGUAAUGGGAGUUGAUGUGUCUCAAGAAAAUGGAAGCCAGAAUCUUUCAAUCAAUUCUGGAUGCUCUCCCCCAGCAUCAUCUAGUCUAGGAACUUCUACCAUGAUUUCUUCUUUGUCAGAGACCAAUGCCCCGUCUACACUAUCCUUGGUUAACACCCCACCUGCAUUACCUACACUCAAUACUCCACCUGCAUUGGCAGCUUCUGAUACUGAGCUAUCACUUUCAUUGCCUUCAAAAAGCAACUUGACUCCAAUCUCUGCAAAUUGUAAUGCCGAGGCAUCUAAUUGCAGUUUUACUGGUAUGCCAUAUGAUAAAUCACUCGCACAGAGGGUUUCAAGGGACAAGAAAGAUGAGAUGAUUAUGGAGCUGGCUCCUAGGGUCCAGGAAUUGCAAAAUCAGCUCCAAGAAUGGACAGAGUGGGCAAACCAGAAAGUUAUGCAGGCUGCUCGAAGGCUAACUAAGGAUAAGGCUGAACUUAAGUCACUUAGACAGGAGAAGGAGGAAGUUGAACGGCUCAAGAAAGAGAAACAAACUUUGGAAGAGAACACCAUGAAGAAGCUCACAGAGAUGGAAAAUGCAUUGGGCAAGGCUAUUGGGCAAGUAGAGAGAGCUAAUUCUGCUGUCCGGAGGCUUGAGGUGGAGAAUGGUAUGCUGAGGCAAGAGAUGGAAGCUGCAAAAUUGCGUGCAGCAGAGUCAGCUGCAAGUUGUCAAGAAGUAUCAAAGAGGGAGAAGAAGACGCAGAUGAAGUUUCAAUCAUGGGAGAAGCAGAAAACUAUUUUACAGGAAGAACUUGCAGCUGAAAAACGCAAGGUCACACAACUAUUACAGGAUCUAGAGCUGGCUAAACAACUACAGGAACAACAUGAGGCUAGAUGGCAACAAGAAGUGAAGAUGAAGGAAGAACUAAUUUUGCAGGCUGGUUCAAUAAGAAAAGAAAGAGAACAAAUAGAGGCUUCAGCUAAAUCUGAGGAGGAUACAAUUAAAUUGAAAGCUGAAACAAAUUUGCAGAAGUACAAAGAUAAUAUUCGGAAGCUUGAAAAAGAAAUCUCCCAGACGGACUCAUUGAAAGUUGCAGCACUACGGAUGGGCAUCAAUGAAAGCUAUGUUAACAGAGUCACAGAUGUGAAGUAUAGUACUGUACAGAAGGAGUUCUUGACUCCUGAUUACUCAGUAAUGGAUGCUGAUUUUCAAGAGUACUCCAACAUAGGAGGUGUGAAACGGGAGAGAGAAUGUGUGAUGUGCCUUUCAGAGGAGAUGUCGGUAGUUUUCCUCCCAUGUGCCCAUCAAGUAGUUUGCACAACAUGUAAUGAGCUCCAUGAGAAACAAGGGAUGAAGGAUUGCCCUUCUUGUAGAAGCCCCAUUCAGCGUCGUAUUCUCGUACGUUAUGCUUGCUCUUGAUUUAUCUAUACGAGGUUGGUUGAGUGCUCUAAAUAAUGAUUAUGGUAAUAAUACAUCUGUGUUGCAUCUUAAUAGACAAUUAAGCAAGCUUUAUGCGAUUGUUGAUUUGAAUUAAUACUAAAUUUCAAUUUAUAGCUUCUCCCAAA